AUGUUGGGUGGACGGAUUCAACCUUCAAAGCAUUCUGCCGUCUCGAGUACGGGGACUAUUUGCACGGGGGUUCUUUUCGCUGGAGGCUUUCCUCAAUUGGGAAUCGCGGAGACUGAGCAAGAAACCAGAUAUGAAAAUGAGAAAUUCUCUUUCGGACUUUCAUACCCGAGCACAUGGAAGAAGUCAACGAAGCCGGUGAGAACCCACCUUGAAGAAGUUCAGUUCAAGAAGGGCGGAGGAACGGAGAUUGGGAUCGUUGUCGACCCUGUCAAGAUAGAAUCCAUCACUGAGUUCGGUACUGCCAAGGAAGUCGCAAAACGAGUCGUCGGCGUUGAGAGAGCCAAGGACGGGGUGACUUCUGCCAAACUCAUCGCAGCGUCUCAGACGGAAAAAUCUGGCAUUCCCUACUACAUGAUAGAGUACGAAUCCAGCAGUUCACGUGGAGACAAACAUUUCAUCUCCAAGGCCGGUACCCUCAAUGUUCUCCUAUACCUUACGGCCAAGACUUCCAAGUUCUUGGAGGACGAAGCUGCGCUACGUGCAGGGGCUGAGUCUUUCGAAGUGUCGGCGCUCUAG